AUUCAACCCUAAAAGAAACCCAAAGUAAACAAUAACAGAAACAAAAGAACUCGAAGAAGAAGAAGAAGAAGCAGAAGAGAGAAUCUAUGCUAUGCUCUCUUUCACCAUGUGUUGCUCUUGUUGUUGUUGUUGGUAUUAUAUCCCCGUCCCCACCACCCCAAAUUAGACCUCCUCCUCCUCCUCUUACUUCCUCUCCCUGCAACUAACUCCUGCUUCUUACUCCCCCAGCAUUCAUCUCUCUCUCUCUCUGCUUUACUCUUUAUCUUCUUCAUUUAGUUUUUUUGUUUUCCGAUUACUCCAUCUUCAUUAGUUUAUUCCCAAAAAGGUUUCAGAUUUUAUAAAACCAAGUCCGGCAUAUAUUUUAUUUGUGGGUUUUGCUCACAAGUCAGACGCACCCUUUCAAAAUCUCCACACAAGAAUCGUUUCUUUAUUCAUUCUCGGAGAAAAGUCUCGUGCUUUAUUAUUUUAUCCAUACACUACACAACUCGCUAGCCGGCGAUGCCGACGCCGGUAGGCGCAGCGAGGCAAUGUUUGACGGAGGAGGCGGCGCGUGCGUUGGACGACGCGGUGGCCGUGGCGCGUAGGCGGAGCCACGCCCAGACGACCUCGCUUCAUGCUGUUUCGGCUCUGCUUUCACUUCCUUCGUCUGCUCUCCGCGACGCGUGUACACGCGCCAAUAGCAGCGCGUACACGCAACGCCUCAAGUUCCGGGCGCUGGAGCUCUGCGUCGGGGUGUCGCUGGACCGGUUGCCGUCGGCGAAGGCGCAAGAGGAGCCGCCGGUGUCGAACUCACUGAUGGCGGCGAUCAAGAGGUCUCAGGCGAACCAGAGGCGACACCCGGAGAGCUUCCACCUGCACCAGAUUCACAGCCAGCAGCAAACGGCGUCGCUUUUGAAGGUGGAGCUCAAACACUUCAUUUUGUCGAUUCUGGACGACCCGAUUGUGAGCCGGGUCUUGGGCGACGCCGGGUUUCGGAGCUGUGACAUAAAGCUCGCGAUUGUUCACCCGCCCGUGACGCAAUCAAAUCGAUUCUCUCGGGCUCUGGUCCCGCCCAUUUUCCUCUGCAAUCUAACGGAUCCCGACCCGGCCCGUAUGAGAUUCCCUUUCCCGCUCGCGGGAAUCGAGGAGAGGGGAGACGAGAAUUGCAAGAGAAUCGGGGAGGUGUUAGUUAGAAAGAGCGGGAAGAAUCCCUUACUCAUCGGCGUAAACGCCGCCGAAGCUCUCGGAAGCUUCAUGACAGCUGUACAGAAAGGCAAGUUACCACUCUUGCCUCCUGAAGUUAGUCGGUUUGGUGUAGUCACUCUCGAAAAGGAAAUUGCGGAGUUUGUGGUGGACGGUGGGAGUGAAGAGAAGAUGAGCUCGAAGCUGAAGGAGGUGAGUCAUUUGGCCGAGCAAUGUUCCGGGGAUGGAGCCGGUGUGAUAGUCAAUUUUGGCGAAGUGAAGGCUUUGGUUGAUGAGGGUGUAGUGAGUGAUGCUUUGAGCUUUGUGGUGGUUCAAUUGAAGGAGUUGGUUGAGAUGCAUAGUGGGAAACUGUGGUUGAUCGGCGCAGCGGGGAGUAAUGACAUGUAUAUGAAGCUUUUGGCUCGGUUUCCGGCCAUUGAGAAGGAUUGGGACCUUCAUCUCCUUCCCAUUAGCUCUUCCAAGGCUUCUGUGGAUGGAGUUUACUCUAAAUCAAGCUUGUUGGGGUCCUUUGUUCCACUUGCGGGAUUCUUCUCUGGACCUUCCGACUUUAUAAAUCCACUGAGCAUCACAAAUCAAUCUUUUAUACGCUGUCAUCUGUGCACAGAGAAGUAUGAGCAAGAAGUUGCUUCUAUUUGGAAAGAUGGAUCAGCCAUUACAGUAGGUGAUCAGUGCUCAACUAGCUCACCUUCUUGGUUGCAAAUGACUGAACUUGACACUGGCAAGGGAGUGGAUCUCGUAAAGACCAAAGCUGAUAGUACGACAUUGAGUGAUACAGUAUCAGGACUGCAAAGGAAAUGGAAUGAUAUCUGCCGAAAAAUUCAUCAUGCUCAAUCAUUCCCUAACAUGGACAAUUGUCAUGCUGGGUCUCAUGGUGCAUCUCCUGAGGGCUCUCACAUUGCUGCAGAUAGAAGAGAAAGCAGUGGUGAAGAUUCAUCUAUGCAGGAAAACCAAAGUGCAAAAUAUCUCUGCCUUCAGAUGGACAGGCAGAAGAGUUUUCUUUCAAAACAAAAGUUACUAAUGCAAGUAGCUUCUGAUGCUGAAAAUGCUGGUACACAAACCAAGCAAUUAGUUAUAGAUUCAAAUGGUCAGCAACUUGAACUGGGAAGCCCCUGCCGUUCACCUUUUCCUAUCGUCACUAUGAAUCUUGCCACUGAUCGCACGUCAUCCUCAACUGUAACUUCAGUGACUACAGAUUUAGGAUUGGGAACCUUAUAUGCAUCAACUAGUCAGGGACCAAGCAAUCCCAAGUUACAAGAUCAUAGAGAGUGUCGCCAACGCCUCUCUGGUUCCGUUUCUGCUGAAUUCGAUGCAGUAAGUGACAAUAGUUUACAUCAAAUAACCCAGUCCUCUUCCUGCUCUGGAUCUAAUUUUGGUGGGCAGUUUGAUCCAAGAGAUAUCAAGUCACUUAGGAGAGUUCUCACAGAAAAGGUUGGCUGGCAAGAUGAAGCAAUAUGCACCAUUAGUCAAGCUAUAUCCCGUUGCACGUCUGGUGGUGGAAGGCAUCGUGGUUCAAAAGUCAGAGAAGAUAUAUGGCUGACUUUGGUUGGACCCGACAGAGUUGGAAAGAAGAAAAUCGCUGUAGCACUUGCCGAGCUUAUGUUUGGCACUAGGGAAAGCUUAAUCUCUGUUGACAUGGGAGAGAGGGGAUGUGAUUCUGACUCUAUUUUUCAAUGGGAAUCCCAAGAUGAUUAUGAUGUGAAGUUUAGGGGUAAGACGGCUGUAGAUUAUGUUGCCGGGGAAUUAAGCAGGAGACCCCAUUCAGUUGUCUUCCUUGAAAAUGUAGAUAAGGCUGAUUUUCUGGCCCAAAGUAACUUGUCCCAGGCCAUUAGGUCUGGCAAGUUUCCAGACUCUCAUGGCAGAGAAAUCAGCAUUAACAACAUGAUCUUUGUGAUGACUUCAGCUACUAAAAAGGGCAGCAAAAUCCAGUACUUGGAGAAUGAACCCCUGAAAUUCUCAGAGGAGAUGGUACUUGGUGCCAAGAGGUAUCAAAUGCACAUAGUGAAUAUUGGGGAUGCCAACCAAAUGAAGGGUGUGAAUGUGAGGAUUGCAUCAAGGGAAGGAACCUUAAACUCAUCUUCUGUAAAUAAGAGAAAGCUGAUUGACAGCAGUGCCGCCAUAGAGGAAACCUCAGAGUUACAGAAACGGGGCAACAAGGCAUCAAGGUCCUUUCUGGAUCUGAAUCUGCCUGUUGAAGAGAUAGAUGAGGGAAUGAAUUGUGGAGACUAUGACAGUGACUCCAUCUCCGAAAACUCAGAAGCUUGGAUGGAAGACUUCCUUGAUCAAGUAGAUGAAACAGUGGUUUUAAAGCCAUUCAACUUCGAUGCUCUUGCUGAGAAAAUAGUGAAGGAAAUCAACCAAGAAUUUAAGAAAGUCUACGGACCUGAGGAUCAGCUGGAGAUCGACUCCAGAGUCAUGAUUCAGUUACUUGCAGCUUGUUGGUUAUCAGACAAGAAGAGAGCAUUGGAGGAUUGGAUUGAACAGGUUCUCUCCAUAAGCCUUGCUGAAGCACGUCAGAGGUAUCGUCUCACUGCUCAUUCUGUAAUAAAAUUGGUUGCCGGUGGAGCACUUUCGGUGCAAGAGCAAACUGCCGGUGUUUGCCUUCCUGCUAGAAUUAGUCUGAACUAAUUUUGUGCUCACUGUGCUAUCUGUAAUUACAUGUAUAAUGUAGCUCUUAGCAUAUAGUAUCUGGCAUUAGAAAAGCUUUUGUUUUUCUGAUCAAUCUUUAUGAUUUUUUGGGUAAAUCAUUCUGUGUUUGUAAGAAUGUGCAAAUUCCUCUAGAUCUUGGAGAGUUAGUCACUUAGUUGUCUAGGUUGUAACUUGUACCCUAUGUUGUAACAUGUAUCCUACAUUGUUUGCUUCAUGAUCCAUCUAGUCUAGUUUGCAACCUCA